AAAAGCAAUUUGCGGUUUCGCUUAUAUUUCUGACAUUUUCCCAGAGGAGGUCUCCAUCUUCCGUAAACCCCCGUCACCUCCUCUCGGAAAAUUUACUCUUCUUUAUCUAAUGGCUUCCGAAGGCUUCACCGACAAGAAUGCUGUGUUCAGGAAACUCAAGGCCAAGUCCGACAACAAGAUGUGUUUUGAUUGUAAUGCGAAGAACCCGACUUGGGCGUCCGUCACGUAUGGAAUCUUCCUCUGCAUCGACUGCUCCGCCGUGCAUAGGAGUCUUGGGGUUCACAUCAGCUUCGUCAGGUCUACAAAUUUAGACUCAUGGAGUGCAGAGCAGUUAAAGAUGAUGAGCUUUGGGGGAAACAACCGUGCACAGGCUUUCUUUAAGCAGCAUGGAUGGUCUGAUGGAGGCAAAAUUGAGGCUAAAUAUACAUCAAGAGCUGCCGAGUUAUAUAGGCAAUUGCUUUCUAAAGAGGUUGCUAAAAGUGUUGCUGAAGAUGCAGGUUUGCCAUCAUCUCCUGUUGCUUCACAGUCAGCACAAGCAACUAAUGGACUUGCUGAUUUUAAGAUCAAUGAAGCCCCAAAAGAAAGUUCUUUGGGAAAGCAAGAAGCCUCUGAUGUCCCUGUUUCACCGAAAGCUCCUCAUACAGUUAUGUCAAGUUCUGUCAAGAAGCCUAUUGGUGCAAGGAGAACCGGAAAAAGUUCUGGGCUUGGUGCUAGAAAGCUAACAACAAAGCCAAGUGAAAAUCUCUAUGAACAGAAGCCUGAAGAACCAUCUGUACCUGUUUCCACCUCAACUAAUAACACCCCUUCUGUUGGCUCUUCUUUUGCAUCUCGCUUUGAGUACAUUGAAAAUGUUCAAUCUUCUGAGAUGAAUUCUGGAGGCACACAUGUGCUUAGCCAUGUAUCUCCACCAAAGUCAUCAAGUUUCUUUGCGGAAUAUGGCAUGGACAGCGGUUUUCAGAAGAAAGCAAGCUCAAAUUCCUCAAAAGUGCAAAUUGAGGAAAGUGAUGAAGCUAGGAGGAAGUUCUCAAAUGCAAAAUCUAUCUCAUCAGCCCAAUAUUUCGGGGAUCCGAAUAAAGCCAAUGACAUGGACUCUCAAGUUUCCUUGCAGAAGUUCUCAGGUUCAACGGCCAUAUCAAGUGCUGAUCUCUUUGGUCACAGUUCAGAUAAUUCCCCCCUUGAUAUUUCUGCCGGUGACUUGAUCAAUCGGCUCUCUUUCCAGGCACAGCAAGAUUACUCUUCUCUCAAGAGUAUUGCAGGUGAGACCGGGAAGAAACUCAGCUCGCUGGCAUCAACUUUAAUGACAGAUCUUCAAGACAGAAUCCUCUGAUAUGUUUCAUUUUGUGUUCAAAACACCUGAGUUUGUUACUAUACCAGCCAAAACUUUAUCUAGUGGGUGUAAAAAAGAGUUGAUGAAAUUCUUUCAGAAGAUGAAAAUAAGAUUUUAUGUUUAUCCAGGCUUUUUAAUGGGCUGGUUUAUUUUGUAGAAGUGGUAUUGCUUUUGAGAUUUGAAUACAUAUACAUAUUUCUGGUUUUUAGUUUC